GGUUCUUCCAUGCCAGGUUUUAAUAAUUCAAUCAGUUUUUUAUCUUCCCUGGCAUCACAAUUGGCUUUUUCUACCCCGAAUGUGAAUAAUAUUGUGACAACUCGUCUGUCUGAGGUCGAAGAUUAUUUGCCCUGGAGAACUCAAUUUGAAUCAUUUUUAGUCUCUCACAGUUUAUUGGGAAUUUUGGAUGGUUCUAUUCAGCCACCAUCCCCUACUAUAAUUGAUUUAUCCCGUCAAGAAAUUCCCAAUACUGACUAUCAUCAUUGGCUAAAAAUCGAUCAAACUGUGAGAUCAUGGCUUUUUGCUACAUUAGCUCGAGAUGUCCUUAUGGAAGUUUAUGAUUUAAAAUUUUCACAUCUUAUCUGGGAUAGGCUUCAAAAACGUUUCAUGUCUGCCUGUAUUUCUCGUUCCGUUGAAUUGAAGCGUUUACUCUCUCAUGUGAAAAAGAAGGACACUCAGACCAUGGAUCAAUACUUGCUUGAAAUAAAAAUUUUAGCAGACAAACUAGCAGCCAUUAACUCUCCUGUGAGUGCUCGUGAUUUAAUUGAAUAUGCUAUCAUUGGAUUGGGUCGUGGUUAUGAGUCCCUCAUCAACAAUAUUGACUGCAUGUCGGGUAUUCCUUCUCUGGAAGACAUACGACCCAUUCUUCAAGCACAAGAACAGAGAAAUCUCUUUUUCCAGGCCCAGGAAUCAUCAUCCGUUCCUCAAGCCUUUGUUGCGGCUCCAGCUUCAGCGGCUCGAGGGGCUGGUCCACAGCGAGGGGGUGGUCAACAGAGGGGUCCUGGUGGUGGCCGAGGACCGCGAGGGGCUGGUCGUGCUCGAGGGGGCAGAGGCCGCGGCGGUAGAGGCUCUUACCCGCAGCAGUACGGGGCUGCACAACCGCAGCAUGGUGGCUUUCCGGGUCAGCCGGCUCAGGGGCAGCCGCGUCCACAUGUAUUUUCUGGAAAUCCAGGUUUUCCAUCUGUGGAUUCCACCUAUCAGUAUCCUCCUCCCCCCGUUGUUUGUCAAUUGUGUUUUUCCCCAGGUCAUUCUGCAUUACACUGCUCCCGUUUUACAGCUUCUCAUACCCCGGCUCUGGCUGCUCUUCCCACUGGUGAAAACAAUGAUUCAGUCUGGUAUCCUGACUCGGGGGCUAGCGCUCAUAUGACUCCGCAUGAAGGACACUCAAACGGGGGAGCUUCUUCUUCAGGCAUCUAAUAAAGAUCAUGUUUACCCUUUUCAUGCCCUUCAAGCCCGUGUGGUCCCUGGUCCAAUUUGGCACAAG